CGCCGCCGUCUCCCUCUCCGUGCCGGCCGGGUGCUGAAGUUGGGCGGAUGGCAGCGGAGCCGCUCCGCUAGGGACGAGCCGCACCAGCCCUUCCCGGGACCGCUCCGCGCCAGCCGCACGCAGCCCGGCGGGGGUGGCCACUUGGGCACUGAAGUAGCUGAAAUGAGAAAGAGGCAGCAGUCACAAAAUGAAGGAACAUCAGCUGUGUCUCAAGCACCUGGAAACCAAAGGCCCAACAACACAUGUUGCUUUUGUUGGUGCUGUUGCUGCAGCUGUUCAUGCCUCACUGUUAGGAAUGAAGACAGAGGAGACAAUGCAGGAAGGCCAACACAUACAACCAAAAUGGAGAGUAUCCAAGUCAUAGAAGAAUGCCAAAACCCUACUGCAGAAGAAAUUUUGUCUUGGGCUCAGAAUUUUGACAAGAUGAUGAAAACACCAGCUGGGAGGAACCUUUUCAGAGAGUUUCUUCGAACAGAGUAUAGUGAGGAGAACCUGCUUUUCUGGCUUGCAUGUGAAGAUCUAAAGAAGGAACAGAACAAGAAAGUUAUUGAAGAAAAAGCAAGACUUAUAUAUGAAGAUUACAUCUCUAUACUAUCACCAAAAGAGGUUAGUCUUGAUUCCCGGGUGAGAGAAGUGAUCAACAGAAACUUGCUGGAUCCCAGCCCUCACAUGUAUGAAGAUGCUCAACUCCAGAUAUACACUCUAAUGCAUAGGGACUCUUUUCCAAGGUUUUUGAACUCUCAGAUUUAUAAGUCUCUUGUUGAAAGUAUUACAGGCUCUACUUCUGAAACUUAGUUUUAAUUUUCAGACAAAAUAACUUGAUUUUUUGGGGGGUGGGUGGGAUGGAAGAAAAAUAGUUUAAUAACAUCUGGAGCUGGGUUCCUGGAGAACUACAGUUUAGCACUACUCAGGCUACUGUGAAGAAAACAAAUACAUAUUAUGGUCUCUGUCUACAUUUUUGCCAAGGUUCUCCUUGCUUGAGAUGGCGUGGGAGGGGAACAGUGGAUUUGCCAAAAUACAUGUUUCGCACUCCUUUCACCCUACUGCAGUCAAGAUUGCAAUGAUGUAUUUGUAGUUUUAUGAACAGCCUCCUUGUGUAUCCUCACACUGCAUGUGCAAGGUAAAACCGCUUCACUUACCACUUAGUUGUUGCAAUGUUUAAUCCAAUAACAUAAAUUAUAUCUGUAUUUAAGAACUUUUUUUGUGCAAUACAGUCUUAUGGUACAUAGAAACAAUUGCAGCAAACCAGAAAGAGGCUUGCAUUUUUUAACACCACUAACUGAAAAAAGCCAAUUUUUAAGGUGUAGCAUUACUCAACAUGCUCUACUGAGUAUAAUACACUGACUUUUUGAAGCCAAUAUUUCUGUACAGAAAGAAAGAGCUAUUUAUCACUGUUUAUUUAAAAUAAAUCAAGCGGAGGAUUCCUCUGGUUGUACACUGCCAAAACUGUGGCAUUUUCAUUACAGAGUUUGCAAUGUCAAAAAAAGCAAAAAAAAAAAAAGCAAAAAAAAAAGCACAAAUCACUUAAAGGGAUCCAUAUCUGGGUGACACAAUCUAUGCGCUGAUAUUGUUUAAUUGUU